UACCCGUCGUCUCUUGCUUCUCUUCCUUUCUGUUCCUCCAAACACGCGAAGCUCAUCCGAUCUCCAGAACUAGGGUUCCUUCCUCCGGCCACCUCGCCGCUCCAAUCGGCGAUCCCCAUCAUCGGAGGCAUCUUCACAAUACUGGAGUGUGCUUCAGCGUUGGGUAGAAGUCCAGGGCAGUGGAGACAGACUUCAUCCUGUGAGCUCUGAAGUUGUUUUUAGAAAAGCUGUCACAUCUGUGUGGCUGUUGCUUUAAGCUGUAAGUAUCAGAAGUAGAUGGUCUGCACAUCCAUGUGGUUUUGAUGUGAUGGAUCCUGAAGGCAAGAAAUUUGGAAGAGGUUCUCGGGAACUUACAGGCGCUGUUGAUCUUAUAAAUCACUACAAAUUGUUGCCUCACCAUGAUUUCUUUUGCAAAAGGUCUCUGCCAGAAUCAAUAUCAGACACACAUUAUCUUCAUAAUGUUGUCGGGGAUACAGAAAUACGGAAGGGAGAAGGGAUGGAGCUGGAUCAACUGUUCCAAAACGCCCCGUACUUGAGAGAAACAACCGCGAACAUUCAACCCUUUGACUUGGAUAUCCUUGGACAAGCAUUUCAGCUGCGAGAAACAGCUCCCAUUGAUUUGCCCUCUGCAGAGAAAGGGGUACCUACUAUUAGUGGGAAAUCCAAAGGUGAUUCCAAAGACAAGGAGAGGAAACAUAAAAAGCAUAAGGAUAGAGAUAAGGAUAAGGAUAAAGAGCAUAAGAAGCACAAGCAUCGUCACAAGGACCGGAGUAAGGAUAAAGAUAAAGAGAAGAAAAAGGAUAAGACUGGACACCAGGAUUCUGGCGGUGAGCCUUCGAAGAAGCACCAUGACAAGAAGAGGAAGCAUGAAGGUAGUGAAGAUCCUUCGGACAUACAUAAACACAAGAAAAGUAAGCACAAGAGCUCAAAAGUCGAUGAAACUGGAGUUGUAAAGCUUGCUGGGUGAUAAACUUCUUGUGCUCAUUAAAUGUUUCACUUUUUGCAAAUCAUGUUGGUUGGAGAUUAAUCUCAAGGACAUUGGGAGGGAGCUUAUCAGGGAGAACAGAAACCAGUAUACAUCUUCAAGAGGAAGCUCAUAAACCCAACCACGCAGCCAUGCAACCUUUUUUCCCAGAGACUGGCUAAAUAUUAAUUUUGAUCCAAUGUAGUGUUUGUAGAACAGACAGGAUAAUGUAACAACAGCAACAACAGCAGCAUCAGCAGCAGCAGCAAUUCUCCUUCAAUUCCA